UUUGGGCCAUAAUGGGUUAAAAAUAUGUUAGAGGAAUGGUAACACUGGAAAUCUUUUGUGUUUUUUGUGGGAGUUGCAAUUAACAACAGCAAUCUACAUAACGUCAAACGCUGCUAUUUUUGUUGAAUGUAGACCGUAUCAAGGAGAAAAUUUCCACUUUGUUACAGUAUCAGUGCCAGACACUGUUUUGCAUUUAGUCAUCGAUCUUAAAUUUUUUUGUAUUGUAGCGAAAUCGGUACUUGUGAUUAGUAUUUUUCUGGCGAUAAUUCAAGAGGAAACUGGGAAACAAGUUCUAUCUUGCUUCAAGGACUUCAAUUUAAAAUAUUUUAAUUGACAAAUAAUCAAUGGAAGAUAUAACUCCUCUUACAAAUCUUCAACAGUUGUAAAAGCAUAAUUAAUCUGUGAUUAUUACUUCCAUAUCAGUUUCGGUUUCUUUAAAAUCAGAUCCGAUAAUUAAGAAGAAAAUGACCGAACGUCAACCUCUUUUGCUUCAGUCGGAAAAUACUGCGUCGGAAGAAAGAUAUCCACCUCGACCAGAUGUUCGAAAUUCUCCUGAAAAUACAUUAGUAAAUGUUCAAAGUGAAGAAAGCAUUGGCUCAAAUGAGAGUUUAGAGAAGUCAACAUAUAAUCCUUCUUUGCACCGGACGUUGGAGCAUCCCACCUCGAAUUUUGACACCUUAGUGCAUUUACUGAAGGGUAAUAUCGGUACAGGAAUUUUAGCAAUGCCAGAUGCUUUUAAAAACGCUGGUCUUUAUGUGGGACUAUUUGGUACGCUAAUAAUGGGAGCGAUUUGCACACACUGCAUGCAUAUGCUGGUCAAAUGUGCUCAUGAGCUCUGUCGAAGGCUUCAACAGCCAUCACUCAGCUUUUCGGAAGUAGCGUUCUGUUCAUUCGAGACAGGACCCAGUGGUUUGAGACGUUAUUCGCACAUUGCACGGCGUAUUGUAACGACCUUCCUUUUUAUCACCCAAAUUGGAUUCUGCUGUGUAUACUUUGUUUUUGUGGCAUUUAAUAUAAAAGAGGUGGUGGACCAUUAUUUUCGCCACAAUAAUAUAAAUGUUAAAGUUUACUUAACACUUAUUUUACUCCCAAUGAUACCCCUAAACCUUGUGCGUAAUCUCAAAUACCUAACUCCGGUGUCAUUAGCUGCAGCAGUACUUACCGUAUUAGGUCUAGCAUUCUCAUUUUUUUAUAUACUACAAGAUUUACCUGACACGGACACAGUAAAACCUGUUGCAUCGUGGGCUCAACUACCAUUGUAUUUCGGCACAGCAAUAUAUGCAUUUGAGGGAAUUGGAGUAAUAUUACCAUUAGAAAAUAAUAUGAAGAGACCUGAAGAUUUUGGAGGCUCAACGGGUGUAUUGAACACUGGAAUGACUAUUGUGGCAUGUCUGUAUACCACAGUUGGCUUCUUCGGUUAUUUAAAGUAUGGAGAGAAUGUUAAGGGCAGCAUAACAUUAAAUUUGCCCCCUGAUCACUUCAUAUCGCAGAUGGUACGGAUAGCUAUGGCCAUAGCAAUAUUCCUAUCAUACACUUUGCAAUUCUAUGUACCUGUUAAUAUUGUUGAGCCCUUCAUUCGCAAUCAAUGCGAGGACCAACGCACAAAAGAUUUAGCAUCGACGUUACUUCGGAUUGUAUUAGUUGUUGUUACAUUUCUCCUGGCUGUUUGCAUACCAAAUUUGGGUCCAAUAAUCUCUUUAGUGGGAGCUGUCAGCAGUUCGGCGUUGGCGCUAAUUGCUCCACCAAUAAUUGACAUAAUCACAUUCUAUCCUGUGGGUUUGGGCAAGUAUAAUUGGAUAUUAUGGAAAGAUAUUGCGAUUCUGCUCUUUGGCUUAUGCGGCUUUUUCUUUGGCACUUAUGCAAGCUUAGAUCAAAUUCUCAACCCAGGUAUAAAUUAGUUGCUUAUUUUAAGGACGAAACAUGUACGUAUUUUAAAUGUAUCUUAUCGAAAGCCAAUCAUUUAAAACCUAGCAAGGAAAAUAAGUUAAAAGUAACUCAUCACAAAAAUUAUAAGUGUAAACAAAAAUAUAACAUUAACAUAUAUGCUAUGAAAUAUCUUGCUUUUGAGCUAUGAAGUGCUAUUUUUAUUAAAAUAAAUUAUUAUUUUUUUUAUAUUACAUUGUUGCUAUAUUUUUAAAAUGUUGUCCAGAUGCAUAAUUUAGUGGAUUUAAUCGCUGAAAAAGCACAAAGAAAUCAAUAAUUUCCAAUUAUUAAGCAUGUUUUUAUUAACAAUGUAAGCUUAAAUCCCAAAUUUAUAACAACAUCAAGUAACUAAGGUAUAUUAGUUAUAUACAACUUCUGCACGAAAAUUAGUUAUUCACAAUUUUAAAUUCCGCAAGUAAUUAAAUCAAGUACAUGUAAUGUUCCAACGCUAUCCUUAGUUGAGAUUUGCAGGAAUCUUUAUAAAAUUUAAAUGUGUUAUAAUAAUAGUAAGUUAAAACACAAAAAACAAAAAAAAAGAGUUUAUACACACAAUUAUCAAAAGUACAAGCGCCAAAUGAGUGCGGAUAGUAUGACAUCUUACAAACCAAACCAUUAAAUGUUGUAAUAUAAGUAGAAAAUGUAAAGCAUGACAAGAGUCACUCUGAAAUCUCGUAUUUUAAGAAUGAGAUAUUGUAUUAACCUUGCCUACUCGAUUUAUUUCACAUAUUGACUUCCAUUUUCAAUGGUAACAUUCCAAUUAAUCUUAAUAUAUAAUUUAUUACUCAAAUUCAAUGAGUAUUGAGUAAGAUGCUUCGGAAGGACACACUUUUUAAGUUCAACAACUUUGAAUAGAGACACUAAUAAUAUUAAAUAUGAAAAAUUUCUACUUGAUGAAAGCCAGUUAGUCAGUAAUCGACGAAAAAACUUAUUAUGUAACUUUUCAUUAUUGAUAUAAAAAAAAUUCAUACGCGCAGUUGUUUUCUUUAUAUAUGUAUCUAUAUGUAAAUUAUAUUUUCAUUAGAUUUGCCAAUCAAUACUCAUUUUAUCUAGUUUAAUUAUAAACAUUUAUUACUGCAUUUUAUUUUAUUCAUAUUUUUCUAUACAAUUUUAAUUCAUAUACUAUGUGUAGAGAAUUAUUAUUCGUAUUUAUGAUAUCAACCAAAUAGAAUUCGAAUCUUGCCAAAUAACGUUGACACUAAUAAUAAAGUUCUCCUUACUUCGGAGGGUGUAUCCUUUACGAACAAAAAUUUAAUCCAUAAUGUCAAAAAAA